CACACAUGUUAUGAUGUACCGAGUCAGUGUCAUUGACGUCUCUACACUCUAGGCUUCGGACACGUCAUCUCCCUCGUAAUUACCGAACCACCAAAAUCUUUUCCAGAGUUUUGUUUCUCUGUCUACCUUUUGAGUUUUUAAGAGAAUUUGAAGAUGGAUUCUGCAGAGAGCGAGUACAGGUGUUUCGUCGGAGGCUUAGCUUGGGCCACCGACGAGCAAUCUCUCGGAAGAACUUUCAGUGAAUUCGGAGAAGUUCUCGAUUCCAAGAUCAUUAUUGAUCGUGAGACAGGGAGGUCCAAAGGGUUCGGAUUCGUGACUUUUAAAGAUGAGGAAUCGAUGAGAGCUGCGAUUGAGAGGAUGAACGGUCAAGAACUUGAUGGUCGGAACAUCACUGUCAACGAGGCUCAAGCUCGUAGUAGUCGCGGUGGUAACGGCGGUGGAUAUAAUCGUGGAGGAGGUGGUUACGGAGGUGGCGGUUAUGGAAGUGGUGGGGGUGGAUACGGAGGCAGGCGUGAUCAAGGUGGAUAUGGUGGUGGUGGUGGAGGAUACGGAGGUGGUGGUUAUGGAGGUGGGCGUCGUGAGGGUGGUUAUGGUGGCGGAGACGGAGGUUACGGUGGCCGAUCCGACAGUGGAAACUGGAGAGAAUGAGCCUUGUGUCUCUGUUUGCUUUUGGCUCUGGUUUUGAUCUUUUGUUUAUUUGGUUUGCUUAUGUAAAAAAAUAAAAUAAAACGUUUGCUGCUUUGUUAGAUUGAAUCAACUUUUGUACAACACAAUAAUACAAUCAAGUAUUCUACAAAA